AUGGUACAAAAAUCAUGUUUUCGUUGGAAUCCAAAGAAAAAGGUAAAAAACGAGAGUAAAGCAUUGCAACCCUCGAGCAAUGAGAUUUCUUCGCAACUAAAUGAUGAAAAACUUGUAAAAGAUGGUGAUUCAAAUCCUAUAAAAAUAUCCACACCUGAUGAUGAGGUUAUCACAAGUUUGGAUAAAGAUUCUAAUUUCAAACUAGAAAAAAUCAAUGAUGAUGACGAUGAAAAUUCCCUGCACCUUUUCAAGAGUGAUAAGAAAACGUUGACAAUAAAAGCGACUAAAAAAGUCUUUAAAAUGUCAUUGGAAGCGGCGGAACCAUUCUUUCCUUGGAUAAAGUCUGUAAACAUCAUAAUUGAUGAAAUUGUAAAUCUAUAUGAAAACGCAGAAUAUAAUGAGAAAACUUGUUUGGUACUGGUGGAAAGGGUUGAAUUAAUUGGUUUAUCAGUUAAAACUUUAACUCGUCGGAUGGAAGAGAAUUGUGAUAAGUUUCGGAAACAAACUUAUUAUCAUUCAUUUAUUAAAUUACAUAAGAUAUUAUGUGUCGUCAAGAGUUUCAUUGAAGAUGCAUCUCAAUUAAAAGGUUAUAGAAAAUUUAUACACGCUUCGGAUGUUAAAAAUAGAGCAAAUAUUUUAUUAACUCGAUUAGAAAGUAGCUGUAACGACUUGCAAUUUUCAAUAAUUAUUUCACAAGAAACAAAAGUUAGAGAGCAACAAACUUUAAGUGAAGACGUUGCUAAAAUGACAAAGUUUUUAAAAUCUUUAGAAACCGAAGGAGAAAGAACUAUUACCGCCGUAAACCGAGUAUAUGAAGAAGUUUUGGCAAUUUAUAAAAGUAUAUCCGAAAAUGCAAAAGAAGAAAAGAAAGUGUCACCAUCGAACCCGCAAAUUAUAUUUAAUGCCCCAACGAUAAAUCCAAAAGAUUUACAUGCUGAAGUCACAGAAAUUUCACAUGAAAACAUUUUACGCAGAAGAUUACGUAACGCGAUACCGGUCGCUUGCAAGAUUUUAAAUGUUGCUGAUAACAAUUUAUCGGAGACAAAAAGGGUACAAGCUCAAUUAGCGAUAUUAAAUUGCUUACAAUCUUCUAAUAAAAUCAUCAAAUUUCACGGUAAAUCCGUAAUUGACGAUUAUACGGUUCUCGUGUUUGAUUGGGCUGAGCAUGGAAAUUUGAGAAAAUUAUAUGAACAAGGACCAUUAAAUUGGGUUGAUAAAUUAAACAUCGCUCAUGAUAUUGCCAGUGGUCUCGUAUUUCUACAAGCAUGGUAA